AACCAAAAAGCACUCUCACUCCGCUCUCUCUCUCUCUUCAAAACACAAACAGUUACUUCUCUUUCUCUCUAAAAAAUACUAAUAAUUUACUUCUCUCUUUGAUUUUCUUUCUCUUGGCAAUAACAGAAAAGAGAGAGAAAAAAAAAGUUAGUAAUUCUUGUAACAGUAACCAGACUUUUUUUGGAAACACAAUGGUCGACGUGGACCGGAGAAUGACCGGUCUCAACCCGGCCCACGUAGCCGGUCUCCGCCGACUAUCGGCUCGAGCCGCCGCUCCAUCAGCCACCGCCUCACUCCCUGCACGAAACGGUCUCCUCUCGUUCUCUUCUCUAGCAGAUAAAGUUUUAACCCACCUUCGGAAUUCGGGUAUCCAAGUCCAACCGGGUCUCUCAGACGCCGAGUUCGCUCGCUCCGAAGCUGAGUUUGGCUUCGCAUUCCCGCCUGACCUCCGUGCCGUCCUCUCCGCCGGGCUACCAGUCGGUCCUGGCUUCCCUGACUGGCGCGCCACCGGCUCUCGCCUCCACCUCCGCGCCUCGCUCGACCUUCCUAUCGCCGCGAUUUCGUUUCAGAUCGCUCGGAAUACGCUCUGGUCGAAGUCUUGGGGACCUAGACCGUCCCACCCGGAAAAGGCUCUACGGGUCGCCCGGAACGCUCUAAAGAGAGCUCCGCUUUUGAUUCCUAUCUUCAACCAUUGCUACAUUCCUUGUAACCCGUCUUUAGCCGGGAACCCGAUUUUCUUCGUGGACGAGAAUCGGAUCUUCUGUUGCGGUUUGGAUCUAUCCGAUUUCUUCGAGCGCGAGUCUCUCUUCCGGAGCUCCGAGUCGUCCGAUCCUCAAAUUCUCAAAAGGCAAAGAUCCGUGAGCGAGAAAUCGGCCGGUUCGUCGUCCAAUUUCUCACGGAGAAGUCUGGACCAAGUUGGAUCGGCCGGAGCUAGGACACCGAGAUGGGUGGAGUUCUGGAGCGACGCAGCCGUAGACCGGCGCCGGAGAAACUCGUCGUCGUCUUCGUCUUCAUCUCCGGAGAGAUUCUUCGAGAUGCCUAGGUCCGAAAUGCCAAAAUGGGUUGAGGAAUACAUCGAGCAAAUAGGAUCCGUUUUGAGGUCGGGCGGGUGGAACGAAUCGGAUAUAUCCGAAAUCGUUCACGUUUCGGCCUCCGGAUUCUUCGAAGGAGAGAUGGUUUUGUUAGAUAAUCAAGCGGUUCUCGAUGCUCUGCUUUUGAAAGCGGACCGGUUCUCGGACUCGCUCCGAAAGGCCGGGUGGAGCUCCGAAGAGGUAUCGGACGCGUUGGGAUUCGAUUAUAGACCGGAGAAGGAGAGGAAACCGGCUAAAAAGCUAUCCCCGGAGCUCGUGCAAAGAAUUGGUAAACUGGCUGAAUCGGUUUCCCGGUCAUGAUACGUGGAGAUUCUUUUUCUCUUUCUUCUUUUCCUAAUAUUUUUAUUUUUGUAUUUUAAAAAUCCUCGGGGUUUGAUUUUUCCUCAUUUGGGUAAAAGAAAAAAAUUAGUAAUUACGGGGAAACGCGUUGUACUAUGAAACAAAGCGUAUAAAAGAUCAAAAAUCAAAUAUAUAUAUAGAGAGAUCAAAGUUACAGUUAA